GAUUUUGAAUGCUAUAUUUAAAUUUCAAAAAAGAACAAAGAUUUAAUAGGGGCAAACAAAAACCAAAAACAAAACAUUGAAGCCUUGAAGGGUCAGAAACAUAUGAACCAACGUAGUUGGCGGUCCGGCUUUGCUUCGUUGCCUUGUAAACCACAGUGUUUUCUGCCUUAGUUUCCUCCUCCAUUCUCUUUAUCAUCAUAAAAAAACUAGUCUUUCUUAUUCUGAUCCCCAUUGCUCAAAACUUUCUUGCUUCAUCUACUUUUCCUUUUCUUUUUCGGUUUACAAAAGGCUAAGGAUCUUAAAUUGUAGAGGAACUGAUGGAUGUGUAUUGAUAUAUAGGUGUUUGUAGAGUGACCCAGAUAGUAAAGUUUUGAUCUUUUUAUAGUCAAUAUGUGGAGGAGUGGAUGGAGAACAACCAGUGUUGUCCUCAAGGAUUUGGUGCACCAUGGGAGACCCAGAAGCCCAAACCCAUGUGCUGUGUUUGGUUUGAGGCGUUUUGGGAAUGAUGAACAAUGUGGGUUUUGGGAGUCAGGUUGGAAUUUGCAGAGAAGGGCUGGGUUUGCUUCUGCUGGUGGGGAUGGUAGUGGUGAGGGUGAGAGUAUGAGUAAAGGUGCAGGUGGGGGAGGAAUGCCUAUAAGCUUUGGGGAGGCAAAGAGGUUGAUGAGGCUUGUGAAUGUGGAGGCUUUGAAGACUAAGCUUGGGACUGAAGGAAAAGAGGCUAUUCCUUAUAAUGAAUUGCUUGAUGCUUGUCAGAGCAUUGGUGUGGCUAGAUCCAAGGAGGAAGCUGCUGCCUUUGCUAGGGUGCUGGAUGAGGCUGGAGUCAUUCUUCUCUUCAGGGAUAAGGUUCUGCUUCAUCCUGAUAGGGUUGUGGAUCUGGUUAGAAAAGCAGUUCCCCUUGCUCUGACUCCUGAUAAUGAUCCGGUGUGGGAAGAGUUAAAGAAGAUGCAGGAGAAGAAGAUAGAAAUUGAUAUCAUGGCACAUCGGCAUGUCCGGCGUGUACUCUGGGGAGGCCUGGGGUUGAUUUCUACACAGCUGGCCCUCUUUUUCAGGAUGACAUAUUGGGACUUCUCAUGGGAUGUCGUGGAGCCACUUGCGUAUUUCACCACAACAACUUGCAUUGGCAUAGGCUAUGCGUACUUUUUGGUUACUUCAAGAGAUCCGACUUACCAAGACUUGAUGAAGAGGCUUUUUCUCAGGAAGCAGAGGAAACUUAUUAAGAAGCAGAACUUUGAUGUUGAGAGAUUCAGGGAGAUACAGAGAAAAUACGACACAACUCUACACGCCAGCACCACAAUCAAGAAUCGGAUUGGCAUGGAUGUGGAGCUGGACGAUGCUUUACAUAAAGAUUAACACACUAUACAAUCUUACAUUUUGGUGAGAGCUGGGAAAUUGCAGGAGGUUAAACUCAGCACAUAAAUACAGAUCUGGUCUCACUUGUUUUUUUGUCUAGGUAGGGCCCAGAAUUUGAUCUUAACAUGUUUCUGAUCUACCUUACAAUUUUUGGCAUGAAAGUUCAUUUCAUGCAGCUCCUACUUUUAACUAGGAAGAAUGGGAUGGAUACGGCUCCCCUUAAUUGGUUA